CGGCGCGCGCGCAGUCCAACUCGCAACGGCACACCGUACGUAUCCUCAUUGAAGCUAAAUUUGUUCCGAUACAACCGAAAUAAUACGGUGUUGUUGUGAUAAAUAUAUUUGUGUAGAUUGUGAUUAAAUAUUGUUGAAUACAUCGAUUGGUGUACAGUGUACGGUACCAGUUCUCGAGUCGCCCAACCGUAUCGGAAUAACUGUGAGGUGUUCGUGAAUGCCGGGCCGCAUGGAUGGCGACGCACGUAUGGCGCUCGAUCGCCUUAAUACUAGCUCUCACAACUCUAGUAUUAGCUAAAUAUGCAGAAUUAGAAGCAUGGCGAGGAGCAGGGCCGCCGGUGUCGGCCGCACAGGAGGCAGAAGAUGAAAAACGUGAUGUGGAAAUGCUGGCAGCUGUCAGGAACUCAAUCAAGCAAUGGGAAAUAAAAAAGUCGCGGACUAGAACUAAGCGAUCUCAAGGCAGCGUUUGUUAUGGUGAAUUUGGAUGCUUCGAAGAUGCUGGACCUUUUGCUUACUUGGAGACUCUGCCGAGUCCGCCGCAAGAAGUCGGGACUCAAUUUCUUUUAUAUUCCACUCUUAAUAGGGGUGACCAGCCACUCCUCGCGGUAUCAGCCAGCAACAUGUCAGCCGCGUGGGGCUGGGCAACCCGCGCGUUCGAUGCGGCCCGCCCCACACGCGUGAUCGUGCACGGCUUUGGGUCCAACUGCGAUAAUGUGUGGGUGUACGAGAUGCGAUCCGCUUUGAUGGCUGUUGAAGAAUGUAAUGUAAUUUGCGUAGAUUGGGAAGGAGGAGCUUCAAUGCCAAAUUAUUUAAGGGCUGCGGCUAACACGCGAUUGGUGGGCAAGCAGCUAGCUAUGCUGCUACAAGGUUUAGCUGAACACAUAGACGUCAGAUUCGAGGACAUCCACUUAAUUGGUUUCAGUUUGGGUGCACAUGUGGCGGGUUUUGCUGGUUCCGAGCUAAAGAACAUAAGUCGAAUUACAGGCCUCGACCCAGCCGGUCCACUCUUCGAGUUCCAAGAUCCCAGAGCACGUUUGGACAAAAAUGACGCAAAAUUUGUAGAUGUAAUACACUCUAAUGGUGAGACGUUAAUCCUGGGAGGUCUCGGAGCGGCUCAGCCGUUGGGUCAUGUAGACUUCUAUCCGAAUGGUGGAAGGGUUCAACAUGGGUGCUCUAAUUUGUUCGUUGGAGCAGUAUCUGACUUAGUGCUGCCCUGGGCGGCCGCUUCUGCUGAAGGUAGAUCUUUAUGCAACCAUCGCAGAGCAUACAAAUUCUUCACGGAUUCAGUUUCACCAAAAUGUCAUUUCCCUGCUUUUCCUUGUACGAAUUACGACACAUUUUUGGAGGGUAGAUGUUUCCCCUGUAACAGUGAGCGAAGAUGUGGCAAUAUGGGCUAUUAUGCAGACCGAUCGCUUGGAAGAGGACAAUUAUAUUUACUAACGAGGGAAGAGGAACCAUUUUGUGCACACCAAUAUCACGUAGAAGUAUGGGGAGGAAUAGAGGCAAAUGAAAAACCAAAUUUCGGACGAGUCACUCUGACGCUCCAUGGUGAUUCAGGGUUGAACGAAUCUUUCCCUAUGACAAAACGCGAAGAAAAAUCCGGCUCACGCGUAUCCCGCUGGACGCGCGUGCUCGUCCCGCACCCCGCGCUCGGCGUACCCCUACGCGCUACACUACACUACGCACCAUAUGGAGGCUGGUUAAGCGCCGGCGCGAAACGCGUGCACCUUGAUAAGCUGCUUAUUACCGAUAGUUUUGGCAAGACUUCUUCAUUUUGUAAACUACUUUGGCUAGUCACGGACGAAUCGAUUCAGUUGCCCUUAUAUCCAGGAGAUUGCGAAAUAAAAGAGAUUGACGAAAUAACGAACGAAACAAACAUAGAACAAGACGUAAUUCUGAGGGAAAAUGUAACCAAAAUAAUUGGCGACGAUCCCCACGAUAAUGAACUACCAGAAGAAUCUCCACAGCAACCAUUUGCUCUUAUUGACAGUGAUUAUGAAUGGGAGGAAGCCACUGACACGGGUCGAGCCUUCGGAAUGACUAAUACUAAAACAGCACCUAGUGGUCUCAUUGAAAUAGCGGAACCCGUAUUGAGACCACGUAACAGAAAAACUCCAAGACAAAGAUCAGAUAACCCUGAUGAAAUUCACGAAAUAUCUGAACCGCUAUUAAGACCUACACAAGCCCCCAGAUCGACAACCGCGCCUCCUCUACGAAAAGCUAAAAAUUACGACGUUUCCACGACUCCAACAAACGAUGAAAUAGACAUUAAGGACGAAAAGGAGGAACAAGGUUUUGCAGUACAGUUCCUUCCGGCGAGACUGGCGUCAUUUAUAUCAAGAGCGGAACGCUACGCCAGAGAUACUCUCCUGCCUUUAGUAUCGGCUUAUGCGCCACGACUUCCAAUUUUCGGUUCUAGAGAAUUACCCAGGACGACCGCCCGGUAUAUUCCCACGGAAGAAAUAAAUGUCACCAGUUCUGUACCUGUACCUACACCCACGUUAGAAAUGAAAAUUGAAAUGCUACACACGAUGGGGCCACCGGGAGAGAAACGAGAAUUUGAAACGCCUGAAGAUCCCGACAUACCGGUAGUGAUAUCGACAACUACGACUUCUUCGACAACAACAACCACCACAUCCACAACAGAAAAAAUAAGAGCAGCACCAACUGAAAUGUUACAAGUUGUUGCAGGACCGUCAGUAUCGACGAGCACUGCGUUACCACCAGUAGCAUUGCGUAGCGAAGGCAAGAAGAUCGUUAUAGUAUAUCCCACAAAUGCAAGAGAGGAAAAGAAAAUUCGAUCCCACUCAUAUCCCGAAGAGAUGCAGUUCGAAGCUCUUUAUCGACAUACUGCGGAACCGACAGGAGUGAGAGUCGAUCUACCAACGUUCUCCCCACCGACUUCAACAACACCAAGUGCUGUAUCGCCGGUUAAAAGAUCGGUCGAUUCUCGAUACAUACCGAUACCUUUCCUUAAGAAUUUGAACAUUAACGAAUCGGACGAAAGGAAUAAGUAGCUGUAAAUAUUGAAGUUUAGUUUAGUCUUGUACAGAUUGUUUUGUUUGCGUCAACUUGCUUGAACGAGAUGUGUUAGUUAUUUGUAUAAAAGUAUGAAUUGGAAGGAAUGAUCAAUAUUUCAGCCGAAUUGAAUGUGUACAUAGAUUAGAAUAAGAGACAUUUUUUAUAUAAUUAAACUUAUUUAUUAAA